AUGUCCAAGCACAAUAAUGUCGAAUUGCCCCAAGAUGAUGGGCAGUUUGUUGAUUCUAGAACCGGAUUUGCUAUUUCAUUAAGAGAUUUAGAAAGCUCUUCUCCUAUAUCAUCUGAUAUAAGAGGCGUUUUUGGGAAUGAUGAGUUUUCAGCAAAGGAGAAUAUAGAGAAUGCUUACGACAAAAAUGGUUCUAUUACACAUGUGUUCGAGGCUGAUGCUGCUAGUCCUACUCGUAAGGCUCCUUUUGAUCUAGGGAUUCAUUCCAGUGAUUUCUCAUCCGAUGAUGUGCUGGAUUUAGAAAGUUUUGCAAAGUCAGAGUUGAGUCCUGUUCGGACUAAUGUGAAUACUUUACCAAAGGAAAAAAGUGAAUUUCCUAGUAUAUACCCGCCUCGUAUGAGCAGAGAUGCCACAAGUCCUUUAAAGGAACGAAUCCAAAGCUCGCCAUUGUCUAAAGGAGCAAUAUUACGAGAAUCUCGAAAAUCACAGGAAUCAUCAGUUGAUAUGUUCAAGCUGGAAUUAGAUGUGGGAUUGCAUCACUUUAGUCAGACAAGUAAGCCUGACACGAUAGAAAUUAAAGAAAACAUCGAAGGAAGUAAGGUAAUAAGCUACUCUAUAGACAAUAAUCGUGGGCCUUUGUUAUCUUCGCCAACAAAACCUUCGCAGAUGCCACAACCACCCCAACCAUCACAGCCACUGCAACCACUAAAACAUGAACAACCUCUACAACCAUUACCACAACAGCUAUCUCAGAUAUCACAACCAUCACAACCGCUGCAACCACUAAAAAACCCACAGUUUUCGCAAAUAUCACAACUCCACUCAACACCUGUUGCAUGGUCUUCGUCACCAGACUAUCACAAAACAGAGACCUUGGCCACGUUGCACGCAAAAAAUGCAGAAAAACGUGAUGAAUCAACGAGGUCAACAGGAAUUGUCACGAAUGAAAAUAAUGAACCAAAACCAGUAAUGGAAAUAGUAACCAUAGAAAAUGGCACCACUGAGUAUAACGAUACAGAUAAUCUUCUUGGUCCACCUCGAGCUCCGUUAUCAACACCAGCGAAAAAACAGAUAUGGAACCAGCCAGUGGCUAUUACUAGAGCUGCCAGAGCCGAGCUGAGAAAAGCGAAUAUGCAACAAAAACGCAACGUCAGCUCGGUCAGAGAAGAAUAUGUCCCAGAAGAAAUUGAAAAUGCACCGUCUAUCGAGGAACCACAUAAAAGACCAUCGAGAAUAUCAUUGCCUCAUCUCAAGAAGAGAAAAGUAGACAAGUUCUUCCUCAGUCAAGAGCAGAAGCAAAUCCUUGAUAUGGUAGUGCACCAGGAACACAACAUGUUUUUCACUGGUGCUGCUGGUACUGGUAAGUCUGUUCUUUUGGAAAGGAUUAUUACAGAUUUACGACGAAAGUAUUCUCCUGGAGCAGUGGCCGUGACUGCCUCGACCGGUCUCGCAGCCUGUCAUAUCGGAGGUGUUACAUUACACAACUUUUCUGGUAUUGGUCUUGGUAGAGAGGAUGUGGAUACUCUGGUUAAAAAGAUCCGUCGCAACAGAAAGUGCUUCAAACGGUGGAAAGAAACUCGGGUGCUUGUUAUUGAUGAGAUCUCAAUGAUUGACGGUGACUUGUUUGAUAAACUAGAACAGAUUGCUAGGAGACUACGUACUGGAGCAGAUAAACAUAAACCGUUUGGUGGGAUCCAGGUUGUCAUCACAGGAGACUUUUUUCAGUUGCCUCCUGUGCCGGACCGUAAAACUUCAGGUGAACAAAAAGAGUUUAAAUUCUGUUUUGAAGCAGAGUACUGGCCAGAAGUCAUCACUCAAAACUACGUGCUCAAACAAGUGUUCCGUCAAAAGGAUAAUACCUUUUCAACCAUGUUGAACGAAAUGCGACGAGGAGACAUGAGCGACCACACCAUCCGAACAUUUGAAUCGUUAUCCAGACCAUUAAAAGAUAUUCCAGCGGGCCUAACUCCUACUGAAUUGUUUCCUAUGCGACAUCAAGUAGAACGAGCCAACCGGUCAAGAUCCGACCUUCUCUCUGGAAUCUCACACAUUUUCGAGGCUACUGAUAAACAAAAGGAACCCAGUAUGGAGCAUGUAUUUAAUUUAAACAAUCUCAUGGCAGUGGAGAAGCUUGAACUGAAAAUCGGGUCACAGGUGAUGAUGAUUAAAAACGUUGACGAAACGCUUGUCAAUGGCUCUUUGGGAACAGUCAUUGGGUUUAUGGACGACCAUCAUUUCAUGCUGUAUGGAGAAAACAAAGGUAUUGACUUAUCGACACAAGAAAUCAGAGAUGCUCAUGCUGGAAAACUAGAUCUUAAAGGCGACACACCACCUCCAACGACAGCAACUACCAAUGAAUUUGACGAUGAUGAUGUGUUUGGCAUUCCCAGCGACGAAGAAGUAGAACGAGACAGUCUGUCUGUCAACUGGAAACGCAAAAAAGCUAAACUACGGUUACUUCAAUACACAGAUCCGUCGACCGGGAAACAGUCUGGCAAGUUAUGGCCUCUUGUGCGAUUCAAGCUGACCGACGGAACAACUCGUGACGUUCUCGUGCAAGAAGAGACAUGGACCCUGGAGAACCAAGAAGGGAUUGUAAUGGCGUCACGAGCUCAAGUGCCCUUGAUUCUCGCAUGGGCUCUUUCUAUCCAUAAAGCACAAGGCCAAACUCUCGAGUACGUUAAAAUCGAUCUCCGCAAAGCCUUUGAAAAGGGGCAAGCCUAUGUUGCCAUCAGUCGAGCCACCCGUCUCGACGGACUCCAAGUGUCAGGUUUCUCUCGAGACAAAGUCAUGGUUCACCGUAAAGUGGUUGAUUUCUACGACUCCCUAGCAUCCCUGUCAAACGAAGAAAACGACGACAACUUUGCCAACCAAACCACAACCACUCACGAUCCCGAACCCACCACCACCACCAAACACAAACGCUCGCUCCUCAAACAAGACUACACCUACGUCCCACCCAAACAACAACUACGCUUCGACGACUUCAAACCACAGCCCACGCCCGAAGUCAUCACCAGAGUGGGCUCAGCAAACGCUGCCUCCCGGUCCUCACGCAUCUGA